AUUCACACAAAAUAUUUGACCACUAUCCAAGAAAAAGUGCAUUCUAUUCAUAGCCAGUGAAUCAACUACCUCACGGUAAUACGAGCAAAAUGUGAAUAAAGAGAAAGAGAACAAAGAGGUCCAGGCAGAUAUAUAUCGCGUGCGACCUUCCCACGGAACCUACUUCUUUACAUAGUAGCCCUCUUACCGUGUGGAAUAUUUCGUUCUCAUCCCAUUCUAAUAGUGCCGCCUCCACACAAUCUCCGUUAUAAUGGAUUCCAUUAGAGUGGAGGAGAUCUCUCGUUCAGAUAUCAAAAUCCUUGAGAUGGCUGCAGCAUCGAUCACUGAUGUCAGGCAUCUGUCGUCUUAUAACUGGAUUGAUGCAUCCGUCCCCACCAUUGCCGUCCCAGGAACACCCCCACUCUGGACUCCACCCAAGCCUCCCCAAAAGGUACCAAAGGAUUCUGGCCACAUAUACAUAGCUCAGAAUGCCGCUCGCUAUCCCGAAUGUCCACUUGAACCCCUCUUUCGUGCAUUGUACAUAUCAAAUCCUUCAUUCGACAUUUGUUCGAUUGACCUUGUGACUGACCGAAACAACAUUCGAAAACUCCUCGCAUUCGUCAAUCCAUAUUUAACUGAGCAUAGGCUCGAACCUUUCACUAUCAAUGUUGAGGUUGCUAACAACACUGCCAUCUUCUGCCGUGCAGAGACCGAGACGCAAAGGUUCAUCGGACCACAUGAAUUCGUGGGAUUCGGUCAUGAAUUUGAGAAAACAUAUACCACUAGCCAGGUAGAUGGCAGCACUGGACAUCACAGGGUUAUCUCAUACCGAUUCAGUGGUUUGAAAUUCCUCCUGCGUUAUGAAACAGACGGAUACAUCGACAUACCACCCAAAGCACAGGCUCAGAACAAGGAUGCAGAGAGCGACACCUUAUCCAGUAUGAUAGAGUCGUUGUCACUUCACUCGGCUAACAGCCUUCCUCAUGCCGCUUCUACCAAGUCCAAAUUGAGGGUAAACGAAGAAGGCCAAGGCGUACCAAUUGAGUCGACACUUGAAAUCAAAACACGGGUCUUUCAUAAGCCAAUCGCUAUUCAGGAAGUCCUGCCACAGCUAUGGGUAUCUCAAACCCCUAAUCUCGUGCGUGCCUACCACAGGAAUGGCUUGUUUCAGCCACCAAAGGUUGAAAAUGUCACGCUUGAGAUCAGAAGAUGGGAAAAUGAGCACCAGGAAGACCUCAAGAUGUUAGCUGCACUGAUAAGGAGAAUUAUCAAUGCGGCGAAAAGAUGUGGUGGGAAUGCAAUUGUUAAAUAUGGUUACCAGGGAGAUAAGUUAAUGGUUCGGAAAACAGAAAGCAGGAAAUUGUUGCCAGACGAUCUCUACUCCAAGUUGAAUCCCAAGAGCAGUUUAAUAACAGAGCACAAGAAGAACUUGGACCCAGCAGUUGGAUCAGAGUUCCGGAAGACGACAUAGAAAAUUGGGGGUUGUUCUCUACACCAUCGAACUCUCGAUGAUACCAUAUCUUUCAUCAUUGUUAGUUUCCCAAGCAGUGCUCAACUGCAAGCCACAGAAUUCAAUCAUGAUGCUAUUGUCUUGUUUCAUAACGCACUCAAAGGACUUAAACCGGGCUAGCUAUCCAGGAGAGGUUAUGUAUAAACGUCAC